CCCCGACACUUGACUUCGACACUUGACGCUGUCACUUGACACGCCGUCGCCCACACCACUCACAACCGCCCACCAUGUCGUCGGGCAUCUCGCUGCGCAAGAAGCGCGGCGACAAGAAGGCCAAGAAUGCGCCCACCAUCAGCCUCCCGCGCCAGAUCAGCGCGCCCAUGCUCCAGGGCGCUGCCCUCGCUCCCACCGUGUCCCGUCCCUCCACCGAGUCCAGCCGCUCGCGCACCCGACAGGAUGCCCCCCCCGAGAGGCCGCGCAUGGGCGACAAGACGGCCGAGGCUGUCAAGCGCCGGUACUCGCAGAAGAUCACCCAGCUGCCGCCCGACUUUGCCAAUGCGCCGCCCAUGCCCGACAUGCCCCAGAUCCCGGCCCAGUACCGGGAGCGGGACCCGUCGAGGGAGCCACGGCCAGAGGGGGGCGACGCCGCGCGCAUGCGCCUGGACGUCAAGGCCCUGAGAGACCCCAAUCUGCGGGCAGAGCAGUACGUCUCCUCGAUCCUCGCAGACGCCUCCGACGAAGACAUCCGCCGCUACCAGGAUGAGCUGCGCAGGGCCAAGCAGCGCACCUCCGUCGACCUCCAGAGCAACGUCUACCAGAACAGGACACAGUUCAUCAAGAUCAGCAAGGAGGCUGAGAAGCUCAAGGGCGAGAUGCGCACCCUGCGCCAGCUGAUGUCCGACCUGACCACCACCCUCGAGCAGACUGCCUCAGCCUCGAACGCAAACGGCGAUGUCGCGAGCAGUCGGAGAGACAAGAGGAGCUCCAUUGGCGACCUGAACCAGAUCCGCGCUGGACAACUUCAACAGCUCUACCGCGACGUCGAGGGCUCGCAGAAAUAUCUGCCCCCCAUCCCCGGACGAUAUAUCGUGUGGAGGUCAAGAAGGUGGUUCGAGCUCGACUCUGCGACCCUCAAAGCCAGGCGACGAGUGAGACUGCUGCUGCUGAACGACCACCUGCUUGUGGCUGUGGAGAAGAAGGCGCGCAACGACGUCGCAAGCCAACGCGACAGGAGUCGGGCUGUCGUCGAAUACGUCGCCCAACGGUGUUUUCCACUCCAAGACGUUCAAGUCGGAAGAGCCCCCGAUAAAAAUGCCGAGAGGAUCAUUGUUCGCGCCGGCGUCGAGUCCUUCACCUACGACACCAAGCUAGAAGAUGCCGGUGACAAAAGCACCUUCCUCUCCACGUUCAGGAAGACAAAAGACGAUCUGCGAAAAAGCCAGGAGGCCGAGUUUGAGGAAAAAGACAAGGCCAUGGACGCGUACAACCACAUGCUCUCCCGCGACCCCGCGCUCAUGAAAAAGACCGAUCUACUGGAAAAUCUCUCCGACGUCACGCAAGAGAACAAAGGCCUCAACACGUUCGUCGACGUCGACGGGCAGCAGCGCAACAUCCGCUGGGUAGAAGCCCAGCUAGACGAGCUGGACAUUGACAUAGCCUUACAGCACUUCUCCGACGCCGUCGACAAGGUGGAGCGACUGAAAUUCCUCGCCAAAAGUAUCAGAGGCAACGAGACGGUCAAAGUCAUCGCGACGUUCAAGGUCAACGAGCGUGCUACUAAGCUAGCAAACCUCCUCAUCAAGCAGCUCAUCGGGCACAACAACUGGAUCUCCUCUGUCAGGCAGAACGUGGACUGGAUCAUCCGCUUGGGAUUCGAAGAUCGUGCCCGUGAGGCCUAUCUGGAAGCUCGCGGCAAUCUGAUUAAAUCUCGCUCACGACAAUGCAUAUUCGAAGGCAACCUCCCAGACUACAUCUUCCAAACAUCCUACAUCUACUUCCUCGUCAUCAAAAACACAGUCGACAUGUUCCAGAAGUGCUUUCCCCAGCCGCUCAUGUCGGCGUGUGUCAAGUGGGCCAAGGAACACAUUGAUCAGUUCAAUAUCCUGCUGAAGAGGCAGCUGAGUAGUGUGGAUCAGGGGGGGAGAGUGUGGGAAGAAUGUCUGGAUGUCGUCAGGGAACAUGCGGGGAUGCUGAGGGACGUGGGGCUGGAUUUCUCGGAACUGGUUGGACGUGUUGAGGAGGAUGAGGUGGUGGUGGGGGAGAGGGGGGCGCCUGUGGGGUUGGGGGUUACGGCUUGA